AUGUCCGACUUUUCAGCAAGUCUGAAGCCGGCUGAACCCCCCGCGCCCCGCAUCUUAGCAGCAGAGCGGGCAAAUACAAACAUUGAUGUCGGUCGACUGUCUCAUCAUCUUCUGCACCGCAAUGGGUUCCGCGAGCGUCAAAGGCGGAUUGUGGAUGUCCUGGAGAAUCACCCUCUCUUCUCAAAGAAGAACAACCUGAAUAUGUCUCGGCCGGAGCGGUUUCACGUAGGUCUGGCACGGGCAAAGGAACUCAGGCGGAUUUCUAGGCGCUACGGAUGGUCCGAAGACGAUGAUAGAGUGGCCGAAUAUCUCCUGGACGAGGUUUCGCCCUUUGCGCUCUCCAACACUAUGUUCCUGGCAUCGUUGAGGCAGCAAUGUGACGAUGAGCAGAGGACGUAUUGGUUACCUAAGAUCGAGAACUGGGAGAUUGUUGGCUGCUAUGGCCAGACGGAACUUGGUCAUGGCAGUAACGUUCGGGGGAUCGAAACCGAGGCCAGAUGGAACCCUGAAGGCAGGGAUUACGUUCUUCACAGUCCUCACCUGACCGCAGCGAAAUGGUGGAACGGCUCUCUUGGUCGCUGUGCAAAUCAUGCCGUCGUCGUCGCACAGUUAAUGCUCCCAGAUGAGAAUGGGACUAUGAAAUCGUACGGACCACAUCAGUUCAUCGUCCAGGUCCGCGACAUGAAAACCCACAAGCCCCUUGAAGGGGUGGUGAUUGGCGACAUCGGGCCAAAAUACGGGUACGCCUCUAUGGAUAACGGCUACAUGCUCUUCAAGAACUUUCGUAUUCCUUCGUCUGCGCUCCUGGCCAAGUAUUCCCGCGUCACCGAGAGUGGAAAGUACAUCAAGCCUGAGAAGCCGGCCACCGUGUAUGGCUCGUUAACCUACGCACGGGCGCAGAUUAUCAUGCAGGCACGGCUCGUGCUGGCCCGCGCUGUCACCAUCGCCGUCCGAUACACACUGAUAAGACGACAAUUCCGCGACCGGGACGCCUCACCUACCGCGCCAGAAGAGGCUGUGCUUAACUAUCCGACGGUUCAGAUCAGAGUGCUUCCUUUACUAGCCACAACGUUUGCUCUUCAUUAUACAGGUGAAGCUAUGAACGAAAUCUACUCUUCGACACGAGCGCGGAUCGAAGAGCAUAACGACUUUUCUAAAAUAGCCGAGAUGCAUGCGGCUUCAUCUGGACUGAAGGCGUUAUGUACCACGCUGGCCGCGGAUGGGAUCGAAACGUGCCGCCGCGCGCUUGGAGGCCACGGAUUUGGCGGUGGGAGUGGUAUAAUCUCGUUGAACAACGACUAUCUAUCGAAACCGACAGUGGAAGGCGAUAACUACAUGAUCACCCAGCAAACGGCCAGUUAUCUCAUUAAGCGCAUGCAGAAGUGUGUCAAGGAGCCUUCUGCCACGAGAACGGAUGAUGCAGACCGCGCGUUCCUGGACUUCCUGCAAACGAGAGAUCGCGUCCCUGAGUUUGACGUGCUCCAUUGCGACAGAGACCUCGUGGCGGCAUUUCAGUUCCGAGCGAGCCUGCUCGCGCACCAGGCGUACCAAGCGCGGAUUGAGGAGAAAACACCGUGGAAACGUAUGCUUAUUCGCCUACACAGAUUGAGCAACGCGCACUGCCAAGCCGUCCUUGUGGCCAAUUUCUACAACGCCCUAGCGACCCAGACGCCGCAGCUCGGGCAGACCACACACAACGUCAUGCACGCGCUGUUCAGACUGUUCACCCUCUCGACACUUGAGAAACAAGCGGCUGAUUUUUUGAUCGCAGGGGUGUUGCUGCCUAGUCAUCUCGAGGGCCUGUCCUCGCAGCUUCAAACACUCCUGGAUACUGUUCGAGUCCACGCCGCUGCCUUGGUGGAUGCCUGGGACAUUCCCGACUAUUUACUGUCUAGUUCGCUCGGGCGCUAUGACGGUGACGUCUACUCGAGCCUCUUCCGCGUGGCACACGAGGAAAAUCCGCUCAACAUGCACACCUUCAAUAGCGACUGGCGCAGCGAAGAGAUCAUAAUGGGUGAGGGUGAGGAACAUGCCCGCAAUCGGAUCAUGGCCUUGCCAGACGAGGACAUUGAGACAACACAGAUCACGGUGCGUCAACCGUUUGGCGCCCGCGCCAGCAUCAACAUGCGCAGUGAAACAUCAUUGUCUCAGGUCCAGAACAAUACCGAUGUUUGUAUGCUGAGUACAGAUGAUUUCACAGCGGAAUCACAGACGGCUAUAUUAUCCGAGUCAUAUGAUUCCUUCCUGCCCGCUCUAGACUACGAGUUUUCAGAUGAGCAGAUACUGGAGCAAUACAUGAAUCUGACAGACGUGUUCGAUCCAUCUGUGACCGCUGCGAUGAGCGUAGGCCAUCCGCUUGGACUGUCGCCAGCAUCCGUGGAGCCACCUGUUCAACACAGACGUCAUGUGUUCAAGUCCCCUCUGCCUUGGGUUGCCGACUGGGUCAUGGAGAGCCACAAGGAUGACGACGCCUACACCCAACUGGUAGAACAAAGAGUGUUGCACCUGCCUGAGAUCUCCGAAAUCUCUAUGUCGGUACAAUUGUAUUUCACCUACGUGCACCACAGGCUCCCUCUGCUCGACGAACGCGACUUUUACCUUCUGGUGAACGGCACAGAAGAUGAGUCGUCGGAGCGACCACUAACUCCAAUUAGUCUAGCACUUUUAUACUGUAUUAUGUUCGCAGCGUGCCCGUACUCAAAAGUGCGCGGUAUGGAUCCGUCUCAGAUUCGGACUUUACGAGCAAAGCGGAACGAACAUUACUCUAGGGCGACUGUAUGCCAAUUUCCUACCCGCUUUUCAACCCGUGUGCUGACUCGUCCCGGGCCUGUGCAGUUCCUAUUCAAACUAGGUUGCGAAAGUGAUCCGAUGCGAAGAGUUCAGAUUUGCCUCUUGCUCAGUACCUUCAAGGCCUAUCCAGGCCACUUUGUGGAGAAUGAACGCUGGAUAAUUGAAGCAUACAAGACGAUCGAGAGCGUCGGCGUGUGGCCUCAGAAGAACUCGACCCCAGGAUUUGCCGAACGAUCGGAGUGGAAUCGAGUAUGCGCAUGUUGGCUACACCGGUUUUCGAGUGCUCUCAUGGGACUCAAAUGGACGAGCAACCCAAAGAUGAUGGACGCCAUUUCCUUGCCUUGGCACACGCUUGGACUAAAAGACUUCGAACGAGACUUCAGUUUCUCGUGGUACUUGAGCGCCGCUGUAAAACAGCAACUGACGCGUCUUUUCGUGGCUCGCAUCGAGAUGCAAGUCUUGUUCGGUCACCUGGGCAAGGUCUUGUGGAGGCGCACUGCCGAUCAGCUGGAACUGAUAGGAGAAAAGCCUGACUUUACACCGCCAGCUCCAUCGAACCCGAUGCCUGUUGAAGAGAUGGAGGCGCGCUAUCGUAAAUGGAGGUACGACAACACUUCACUUUGCGAGCUGAAACCGCACGAGUCUCUGCCGCAUUUUGAAAGGCGCCUCCUCCGCCUGGAACAGUUGAUAACUAAGUUGACAUAUGAAUAUGCCAUUACCAUCCUGUACCAAAACACACUCAUCCUGGAGAGGAGCCUGAUUACACCGUGGGCCAGGAGGAUCAUCGAAUCUUCUCGAUUAGCGCUGUGGGAUUCGAUCAAGUCAAUGAUGGAGAUCUUGAAAGAAGUGCGGGAUGAGCAGAUGGUAUUUCAACUACCAUCCAACAUGUUGAUCGUGGUCCUCAUCCCACUGACCAUUUUCUACCUUUACCUCCAACAAGCCACAGACUUUGAACCCUCAACAGUUGAGAGUCUCGCCAUCUGCUCGCAGCUAUCGAAGACAAUGGUGGACCUCUAUGACGCCACAGAAUUUUUCCCCACCAUCUUGAAAAACACUCUUGUGCUCGCCCAAAGGUACAGGCAGACUUCACUCGGCUCCUGCGAACCCGAGUCUCUGCAGAAUCCUCAAUUGCCGCCACGACCGAAGGACGAGACAUGUCUCCCCAACUAUCAACUUUACUCGUUGGUCCUUCGAUUCCAGUGUCUCGCUCUAGUCCUGGGACGUAUCCCGCGGGUCGAGGACUUCGUGCAGCAGGAACCAACCAAUCGCCCCCUGGCGAUAAUCUGA